AUGCCUCGAGACCACUCAGCCACAAAUGUCGAAACCAUUACUAUCAAAGCUCAUGGAUUGUUCCACACCAUUGCUGACGAAGAAUUUGAUGAGCUGUGCUUUCAGUAUGGUCUGGAGCUGGAUGAAGUGACUUCGGAAAAGGAGCAGAUUGAAAGGGAGAAGGGUGUUGGUAAAGCUGUGGGUGCAUCAGAGGCGAUAGAAUACAAGAUUGAUAUACCAGCCAAUAGGUAUGACCUCCUGUGUAUUGAAGGACUUGUCAGAGGUCUACGGAUUUUCUUGGAAAUAGACAAGACCCCUCGGUAUAAGGCUGUUCACCCACCACAGGGGAAAAUACAACGGCUGGUCAUACAGGCUUCUACAGGGCAAGUUCGACCACAUUGUGUUGCUGCUGUGUUGAGAAAUAUCAAGUUUAAUCCGCAGCGCUACGCCAGUUUCAUUGAUCUGCAGGACAAGCUGCAUCAAAACCUCUGCAGGCGGAGAACUUUAGUUGCUAUUGGAACCCAUGACCUUGACACAGUAGAAGGUCCAUUCAGCUAUGAAGCUCUGCCUCCAGCAGACAUCAAAUUCAGACCCCUGAAUCAGACCCAGGAGUACACAGCUGUAGAGUUGAUGGAUCUGUAUUCUGGAGAUAGUCAUCUGAAGCCAUACCUCCAGAUCAUCAAAGACAAGCCUGUGUACCCUGUCAUCUAUGACAAAAAUCGGGUGGUGUUGUCUUUACCUCCAGUCGUGAAUGGUGACCACACCAAAAUCACCCUGGACACACAUAAUGUCUUUAUUGAAGCCACAGCCACAGAUCUGACUAAAGCCAAGAUCGUCCUUGAUAUUCUUGUCUCCAUGUUCUCCGUUUAUUGUGAACAGUCAUUCACAGUUGAAGCAGCUGAAGUGGUACAGCCUGAUGGAACAGUGUUGGUGUAUCCAGAGCUGUCAUACAGAAAAGAAACAGUCAGCGCAGAUCUUAUCUGUAGGCUGGUUGGAGCAGAAAUCUCUCCCCCAGAAAUUGCUAGCUUGCUGACAAAGAUGUCCUUGGGGUGUGAGGUUCUAGCUGACGGGAACAGCCUCAGCGUUGAGGUGCCACCCACAAGAGCUGAUAUCCUUUAUUUUGUUUGUGAGUUGGUAUCUUUCAAGACAAAAGUAAUUGCAGCCUUAACAAAUUCACAUAUUCUCCAUGCGUGUGAUAUUGUGGAAGAUGCAGCUAUUGCCUAUGGCUUCAACAACAUCAAGAAAACAGUACCACACACAAACUGCAUCGCUGAGCAGUUUGGCCUGAACAAGCUGACAGACCUGUUAAGAAGAGAUGUGGCUGCCUGUGGAUUUACAGAAGUUCUCACUUUUGCUUUGUGUUCCAAGGCAGAUAUUGCCGACAAGCUUGGCAAGACUAUUGAGAGUCUGAAUGCAGUGCACAUCACCAAUCCUAAAACAGCAGAGUUCCAGGUGGUGAGGACAACACUGCUGUCUGGCAUAUUGAAGACCAUCUUCCACAACAAGGGAGUCCCUCUGCCUCUGAGACUGUUUGAGAUCUCUGAUGUUGUCUACCAGGAUCCUUCCAGGGAUGUUGGAGCUAGGAACGACAGAAGGCUGUGUGCUGUCAACUAUAACAGAGCCUCAGAGUUUGAGGUCAUCCAUGGUCUCCUGGACAGAAUCAUGCAGCUGUUGGAGGUGCCCUUUGGGGGACCUGAUGGCUAUGAGCUCCGAGCCAAAGAUG